AAGCUUCCGUGUAGAGUACCAUUAAUCAAUCAAAAGUCAUCAUUUUUUUGCCAAAAAAUAAUUUAAAAACACACACUUGUUAGUUGUUACAAAUACACACAACUCUAAUGAACCCAUCUUCACAUCCUCUUUCAUCUUCUUCACUCACUCGAUUACUUUGGUCAAAGAAGUGCGUGCAAGUUACGUAUCAAGAUUUCUUGUUGAUUUGAUCAUCAAUGGGGGAAGUGGUUGGUCCAAGGUUGUACAGUUGCUGUAAUUGUAGAAAUCAUGUGGCACUUCAUGAUGAUAUUAUUUCUAAAGCUUUUCAGGGGAGGAAUGGUAGAGCCUUCUUGUUCUCUCAUGCAAUGAAUGUUUCAAUGGGCCCGAAAGAAGACAGGAACUUGAUGACCGGGCUCCACACGGUUGCUGACGUGUACUGCCUAGACUGUCGUGAGGUAUUGGGUUGGAAAUACGAACGGGCUUAUGAGGAAUCGCAGAAGUACAAGGAAGGCAAGUUCAUUCUUGAGAAGUCCAAAAUUGAUAAAGAGAAUUGGUAGUAAUCGGUUGUUAUGUAUCUAAAUCGUCUCUUAGUGUAUAAAAUCUGUCGGGUGGUAUUCAAUAAGUGUUUCUUCAUUGUUUUUUUAUCGCGAUUCAUUGUCGAUUUGUCUGUCCCAUUGAAGCCUGUAUUUAAGAUGAUGAAAGUUUAUGAACAGCUUUUGUUGGUGUCCAGGUUUUUUGUAAAUAAAAAUGUUGUAUAUAAUUAAAAAGUAUUUGAAAUUUGUGAUAUA